AAACAUUUAUCUUCUCCUAAAACUUACCGUGUAAACUUAUCGAACCCAACUAAUAUUUGCUUGCAUAGGUUGGCUAGCGUGUCUCAACUGACAGAAGUAGUGUUAAUGUAAACAGUAGCCAGAGCACAGUGAAAAAAGACAUGAAUUUGCUCAAAAAUCUUGAUACCCUCCGUCGGUUUGACUCAUUUUCAAAAACUAUAGAAGACUUUCGAGUCAAGACAUCUGGCGGUGGCCUAGUCACCCUCUUAAGUGUAUGGUGCAUGGGAGUUCUAUUCUACGCCGAGGUGAAAGAUUUCAUGACUCCCGGCAUAACUGAGGAUCUAUUUGUUGACACUUCUCGGGGACCUAAGCUGCGCAUAAAUUUAGAUAUUGUCAUGCCUACUAUAUCAUGCUCUUUUUUAUCUCUGGAUGCCAUGGAUUCUGCUGGUGAACAUCAUUUGCACAUUGACCAUAAUAUUUACAAAAGACGCCUUGAUUUAAUGGGUCAGCCUCUAGAGGACCCUCAAAAAGAAGAUUUACAAACAAGUACAUCUGUUAAAUCAUCAACAGAGGCCCCUAACAUUACCAAGAGUGUAGAGCUUAAAAAUGACACAUGUGGUAGUUGCUACGGUGCUCCCAAAGAGAUAAUCAAGUGCUGUAACACCUGUGAAGAUGUAAGAGAAGCAUAUAGGAUAAUGCAGUGGAAGUUUCCAGACCCGGACCAGGUUGAGCAAUGUAAAAAUGACCAAUCAAACCUAGCAGCAAAGGGAGCCUUUAAGGAAGGGUGUCAAAUUUAUGGAUACUUAGAAGUCAAUAGAGUGGGAGGUAGUUUCCACAUAGCACCAGGAAGAAGUUAUUUAAUUGAUCAUGUACAUGUGCACGAUGUUCAACCAUUUUCGGCAUCUUCCUUCAAUACUACUCAUACAAUCAGACACCUCUCAUUUGGUCUUAACAUUCAAGGGAAAACAAAUCCAAUUGAUGGAAUUUAUGUAACCACACCAGACGGUGCUACUAUGUUCCAAUAUUACAUCAAAAUCGUCCCAACAACUUAUGUCCGCAGGGAUGGAAGUGUUCUUCAAACUAAUCAAUUCUCUGUAACGAAGCACCAGAAGGUUGUAACUAUGGGGCAUGGUGAAUCCGGCAUGCCUGGUGUUUUCUUUAACUAUGAACUUUCCCCAAUGAUGGUGAAGUAUACAGAAAAAGAAAAGCCUUUAGGUCAUUUCUUGGUGAAUCUCUGUGCAAUCAUUGGUGGGAUAUAUACUGUGGCAAGCAUUAUUGAUGGUAUCCUUUACCACUCAUACAGAGCUAUUCAGCAAAAAAUUGAGAUUGGAAAAAUUAGCUAGCUGCUGUCACAAUUGAGAGUCUGACGAUGAGUUUAUGAUUUCUAUGCUGGAUUCAGUAUUAUAUUUUUCAUGGAAUCUCAGUAUUUUGAUUAGUAUUAGUUGAAUGUAUCUUCUACCAAUUAUUUGCCUGUGAUUAUAUAAGUGGUAAUUAAAUUCAUCAAUUCAGUCCCCUGUUAA